GCAACAAGCAAACACGGCACAGCGAAGAAAUGGCUGCACCGGCGGCUCUGGAAGCCAGCAUCGCGACAACUGCUGAGGGGCGAUAGUGAUGGUGGAAUGAAGAGGAAGCUCUCGCUCAAGCGACCACAAACUGCACCCACAAGUGGAAGGGUGACACCAGAAACAGUACCGCCAGUACCGCAGAUACCCAUUAACAUCGAGCUACCUUCACCGCGCCUAGCAAUCCACCCACCACCUCGCCCACCUCGGCCAGACUCAGGCGUUAUUAGAGAUGUCAACGCAUGGCUAGAUGCAAGCAUGAGCGUGCCACCUCCGCCACUAAUGGGUGGACUGCCAUACUGGAGGUCAGCUUCCUCGAUUCCUACAACAACCUCUACCGACGUCCAGUACGCCAUUCCAAUCGUUCGCGAGGCUGGCCUCAAUCGGCCUUUGACACCUUCCAGCCAGCAGGUGAAGUCAUUCUGUCGCCGCGCAAAAAAGAUGCAAGCCAAAAUGCCCUCACUCUUGCGCACCACGUCCCAGCGCAUUGUCGCUCGCAAGCAGAUCAAUCGACGCUCGAACUCGAUGCCACUACUGGCGAUUCCCUAUGACCAGACACAGCAGGCGGCCCCGCCCAAGCUCUUGACGCGAUCCAGAUCCUUUCUUGCUUCUACGCGGACAUCGAUCUCGAAGACGCCCACUGAGGCGCAAGGACUGCUGUCAGCCGGCCAGUACUCGUUCGAACUCCCAGUCCUUGGCAGCACACGGACGAGCGUAGCAUACAGCGGUAUCGAGGGACUUGGGGAACGACGCACGAACACACUGCUCAGACAGACUACAAGGAGCGGGGAGGGCACCCGCCCUUCGACCGCUGGUGCGCAUCUCAGCCGAGACGACUCGAUGGGCGACCUUUCCGAAGCGCCGACGUACUCCUCUGGACGCCCUCCACCAUCGUACCGCUCACGUACUGCCUCCAUCAUGACAACGUCUUCUUUUGGGUGCGUGGAUGGAAUGAGUCCCGCUCAGAGGCAGAUCAGUCAGCAGCGAGCAGCCAUGAGGAGCCGUGGGGUGAGAGGAAGGGUGAAGGAGCUCCGCAAGAGGUUC